GCUGGAGAAACUCACCUUCGCACCGGCAGCCUUUACCAAGCUCAGGCGACACCUGCGCGCGCGCGCUCCCGGGACGCGCGCCGCUCGCUCCAGAGGGCUGCCCCGUGCAAUUUGGGGAGGUCCCUUUUUGGGGAUGGGAGGCUGGUGGAGUGAAGGAGGGGCAGAGAGCUUUGCUUCCUAGAGAGGCCCGGCCAUUUGGGGGUGGGGAGUCCGUAUCGUGUGAAGCGGGCUGCUCCUCCUCGCCCGCCUUCUUCCACUCCCCCUCGUGGGAAAGUGGCCUUUGCAGUUCCCAGGGUUGGAGGCGGGGUGGGGGAGCUGGCGGAGGAGGUUGUUCGCCGCCGGCGCCGAGCAAAGUAGCUUCAUGUAAUCCGAAAUCUUGUGGCACUUUCCGUGACACUCCAGAAAGGGCAGGCGUGUUUGACCGCCGCUUGCAACGAAAUGUAGAAGACUAUUGGCUCUGGACUCUGAAGAGGCAGCAUGAAAACAUGCGGAGUAAAUAAUGAAGCUAGAAUGAAUUUCGAUAUGCCCCGUUGCGAGAGCUGUGCUCUUCCAAGCAAAGCCUUCUGAAAGCGCUACUCUGCGCCAUGGCAGUCAAUGUGCGAAUGAAUGAAAGAGAGGCAAAUCAGCUGGUGAGACCAGAGAAAGUGGCAUACAAUGGGGAAUCGUUGGAAGAGGACUUGUAUCAGUGUCCUGGGACAUCUGUAAACCAGCAGGUAACUCAUCCUGGGGAAAUAUCAAGGAAAGCCCUUCUUUAUGUGCAAGGAUCAGAUUGUGCAAGAAGCUUCCAUGAGAGCUUUGCCCCCUUGAAAUUCGAUGUGGCAGACAAGUUGUACAAAUGCUCUUUUUGUGGGGAAGAUCUCAAGCAGCGAUCCUACCUCAUCAGGCAUGAGAGGACCCACACAGGAGAAAAACCCUACAAAUGUUCAGUUUGUGGGAAAAGCUUCAGCCAGAGAUCUCACAUAAUUACACAUGAGAGGACUCAUACAGGAGAGAAACCAUACAAGUGCUCAGAUUGUGGGAAAAGCUUCAACCGCAGAGCAAACCUCAUGGCCCAUGAAAGGACCCACACAGGGGAGAAACCAUAUGAAUGUUCAGAUUGUGGCAAAUGCUUCAGCCAGAGCUCAUGGCUGAUGGCACAUAAAAUAAUCCACACUGGUGAGAAGCCCUACAAGUGCCAGGACUGUGGGAAGUGUUUCAAUCACCGGUCAAGCCUCAUUAAACAUGAGCGGUCCCAUUCAGAAGAGAGACCUUACACUUGCUCCAACUGUGGUAAGUCUUUCAAUGAGAGUUCAAAGCUUAUCAAGCAUCAAAGAAUUCACACAGGGGAAAAACCAUACAAGUGUCCCUGGUGUGGAAAAAGCUUCUGCUUUAGGUCCAGCCUUAGUCAACAUGAGAGAACACACACAGGGGAGAAGCCAUAUGAAUGCUGCGACUGUGGUAAAAGGUUCAGGCAGAAGUCACACCUGAUUAGACAUGAGAGGAUGCAUACUGGUGAGAAACCGUACAAUUGCUCGGACUGCCUGAAAACCUUUAGCCGGAGCUCAGCUCUCAUUGAACACAAAAGGAUCCACACAGGAGAGAAGCCAUACAAGUGUUCAUUCUGUGGGAAGAGUUUCAACCAACGCUCAUACAGCAUCAUUCACGAGAGAAGCCACACAGGGGAGAAGCCGUAUAAAUGCUUAGACUGUGGAAAAAGUUUCAAUCAGAGAUCCCACCUUGGGAUACAUGAGAGGACCCAUGCCACUGAAAAACCGUAAUGUUCUCUGUCUUGUUGUGAAACUUUUGUCAGAUGUGUGCUCUGAACUUUAUUAGAAUCUGACACAAGUGAGAAACAAGAGUUUUAGAUCACAGUACAUUCUAUCAUGACAAUCUUAUUCAUUGAGCUUGUUGUAUAUCAAUGACCAUCCUGCGACAUACUUCAGGUACUGCUACACAAAAUCUGGCAAUGCUGUUUAUCAGGAUUGGUAUCUGUAAGCUGCAAGGAAAUAUAACAUUAUCCUGUGUGUCCUUGAAAUCUAUGCAGCAGUGGCACGAAAUAUAACAUUAUCCUGUGCGUCCUUGAAAUCUAUUCAGCAGUGGCACGAAGCAAUGAAACUUUAUAUCACUAUGCACUGAAAAUGAAUCUGGCUUCAUAACAAUGCAAGAAUAUGUCCACUCUCCCACAUGGUUGCUGGUGGUCCCCGGCCCCUCUAUGAUGCGGCUGGCCUCCACUGGGGCCAGGGCCGUGCCUGGUGGAACAGCCUCCCUCCAUCUGUCCGGGCCCUGCGGGACCUUGGUGAGUUCCGCAGGGCCUGUAAGACUGAGCUGUUCCACCGGGCUUUUGGGGGGCCGGCUGCUGAGGAUGCCCCCUGUCUCCUACCCCCUUCCCCUUGUUUUCUGUUUGUUUAAUUAAGUGGCCCAUUUUAGUGGGGACCUUUUGGGUUCCCCUGGGGGGGGGGGGUGUUGGUUUUAGUUCUCGGA